GGGACUCACUCUGGUGGCAUUAGAUGGUUAAGACUUUUGUCCAAAUUUGGUUGUGUAGUCAGUCUUCCUUCAGUACGAGAACCAAACCAAGAAAAAAAAACGACCCGAAAGAACAACUAAUAAUAUGGUUGUCUUUAGAACUCUUAAUGAGUUUUUAGAAGAAACAAAGCUCUUAUUAGAUGCGUAUCCCUCAACAACGAAACUUGUAAUCAGAUAUCGUAUACAUGAAGCAGAUGCUUACAUUUUCGUAAAAGCCUAUGAAAUUGCCAAUGGCAUUUGUCUGAAAUAUCGUACAGAUAAGUUGGCUGAAAUGACACACUUAAUACAGAUGCAAGGAAAGUUUGCCUUUGUAAUGAAUGGAAAAGACAUUCCCGUGGAAGAGGAGGCAAAACCACAGGAAGUUCAAGCACAGGUUACGGAAAAGCCUGCUGUCCAGAAGGCUCAAUCCAGCACAAAGUCUCAAAAAAAGAAAAAACGAGGAAAGAGAAAAUGAUUCUCUGUAUAUUUAAGCUAUCUGCUCAGUCAAUCGUUAAUUUUUUCUUUUAUAAAAAUACAUCUCUGAAAAUGCGCUUGAAUUAAUACUUUCAUUACUGAUUAUAGAGUAACCUGAAGCAAACACACACCUCCUCGCAAGUUUUGCUGAAAGGCGUUCGGGUAUUUUUGUUUCGGGUCCAAGCAAUAUUCUCCUAAUCUGGUAGAGUUAUUGGAAUUUAUGAAAAGCAGGUGCAAACAAACACCAUUCAAUGCACUUGUUCUUAUUAAGCGAUGAGUAUAUCAAUGGAAUGGAUGUAGUACUUAAAAUGGGCUGUUUGGGUAAUUGAAAAUUGGAAACAAAGGGCUUUAGGCAUAGUAUCCUUGCAAGUAACUAUGUGUAAUGUAAAUACAUAUU